CUGGACGGCACGGAUUCCGACUAUGGACAACAUCCCAUACCAAAAAGUUUCCCGCGCUUGUUUUCUAACAUAACCUCAUGGCUGCGUAAAAAAGUAACUUUCCGCACAGAGCCUGACCUUUGUGAUCCAAACCCGUGUUUUCACAACGGCCAAUGCAACGUCCUGUCUAACAAAGUAACGUGUUCGUGUCGUGAGCCUUUCACGGGCGACAAGUGUCAAAAAGCUAAAGAUGUCUGCAAGGAUAUGAAUUGUCAUUUUGGUGACUGCGUGUUGAACUCGGCUGGAGGUCCAGAGUGCAAGUGCACAUACCCCUACCUCGGACCCAACUGCCUCCAACAGCAAGCCGUUCCCUGCAGUCCAAAUCCUUGCCACAACGGUGGCGUCUGUAUGGAGCAAAAUCGGCAAGCAAAUUGCAGUUGUCUCAAAGGAUACAGAGGACGCUACUGCCAAGUAGCCCCCAAUGACUGCUACGUGGGCAACGGCAAGUCAUACGUCGGCACGGUCAGCACCACGGUACGCGGUGAGGAAUGUCUCAACUGGCAUUCCGUCUCCAUUCUGCUGAAUGACGGGCGAAGUCCUUUCGACAUGUACCCAAACUUCAGCGGCUUGGGACAAAACAACCACUGCAGGAAUCCAGAUGGGGAGAGCAAGCCGUGGUGUUAUGUCAAAAGGGCCAAGGUGGAGUGGGACUACUGCGACGUCAAGCCGUGCCACCCAAAAGUCUUUCAUCUUACUCGGCCGAGCCAUCCAAACGCCAUGUUCUCCCAGUGCGGUAUUGCCCAGCCAAAGGAGUUGCACCGGAUCAUCUGGGGGAUCAAGUCGUGGCCGGGUGCCCACCCGUGGCAGGUGUCCCUGCAGGAACGAGCAAAAGGCUCCAACGUCGCCUUCGUUCCGAUAUGCGGCGGGGCCCUGCUCUCCUCCUGCUGGGUCAUCACGGCUGCGCACUGCAUCGAGACGACGAAUGAAUACCAGGUGAUGGUGGGAGCGGUCAAACUGGACUCGACGGAGCUCACGUACCAGCUCAUCCCAGUGGUCCGCAGCGUCCUCUAUCCUCGUCCGCGUGACGCUGACCUCGCUCUGCUCCAACUCCAAGUCACACACGACCAACACUGUGCCCGGGAAUCGAGAUUUGUUCGCGCUGUGUGUCUACCCAGACAGCACUUCCCCGCCGGAAAGGAAUGCGUGGUCUCGGGAUGGGGAAGCGAUGGAAACUCCAGCAGAAGCAACGACUUGUUGGACGCUUACGUCUCGCUCAUCUCGGAGCAGACAUGCAAGCAGCCUCAAGCGUACCAAGGCCUUUUGCGCGACGGCGAGCUGUGCGCGGGCAACAUGGAAGGGGGAGCCGACUCCUGUAAUGGUGACUCCGGCGGCCCUCUGGUGUGCCAGCGCAACGGCAUACAUUACCUGACUGGGGUGGUGAGUUGGGGAGAUGGCUGCGGCCUCCCGAACAAGCCCGGCGUCUACGUCGACGUCUACAAGUUUGUCCACUGGAUCCGACACGAGAUCGGCUCAACCUUGGCGAGGUGAACCGUCGCGCGAUAAGCUUCCUACUCGAUUUUACUCCAGUGAAUAGCCAGUGAUGUGAAGCUACGAAACCAGGAAAUCCUGAACCAUUAAACAAUUGACCGAAACGUUCAAGAUUGGGAUUUUUGAUUGAUUGAUUGAUUUUAUUU